CAACCUCCUUGGAAUGCGCAGAAAAUGCAUCUUGAAGAUUAAGAUACACACAACAAUCCGUAAGUGCGUCAGAAUUUUCAGAACCUGCGGUUCGCUGGAACUCCCGAAAUAGGCAAUUAAAUGUUUGUGUAUACCUGAAUGCGAUCGCCUGGAAGAUAGUCCCUGAACAUAGCGCCACAUAGUGAUCGAUCGUGAUCGCAACCGAUCCGUCCAGUAUUCAGUAUCAGUAUGUUGUCGGGUCUGCGGAACACCUCGGAGGCUGUUGCGGUUGUGGCUUCUCUGGGUCUCGGACUGGUGGUGCUCAUAUUUGUGGCUACCACGCCGACGUCGGUGGAGGCCACCCAGUCGGGGAUCUACAUAGACAAUGGCCGGGACCAGACGGUCAUGCACCGGGUGCUCAGCGACGACGACAAGUUGGACGUCUCCUACGAGAUCCUCGAGUUCUUGGGCAUCCCCGAGCGUCCCGCCCACCUGAGCGGCCAGAAGUUGUCGCUGCGCAAGUCCGCCCCCAAGUUCCUGCUGGACGUGUAUCAUCGCAUCACGGCGGAGGAGGGCCUGAGCCACGAGCACCAUGAUCACGAUGACCACGAGGAAGAUGAUGCCGAUGAGCAUGGCCAUCGGGCCAGGAGAAGCGCCGAUCUGGAGGAGGAAGACGAGGAGGAGGAGGGCGAGCAGAAGAACUUCAUCACCGAUCUGGACAAGCGGGCCAUCGACGAGAGCGAUAUCAUCAUGACCUUCCUGAACAAGCGCCACCACAAUGUGGACGAACUGCGUCACGAGCACGGCCGGCGCCUGUGGUUCGACGUCUCCAAGGUGCCCAACGACAACUACCUGGUGAUGGCCGAGCUGCGCAUCUACCAGAACUCCAACGAGGGCAAGUGGCUGACGGCCAGCAGGGAGUUCACCAUCACGGUCUAUGCCAUCGGAGCCGGGCCGAUGGGCCAGCAGCACACCAUGGAGCCGCUCUCCUCGGUGAACACCACUGGCGACUAUGUGGGCUGGCUGGAACUCAAUGUGACGGAGGGCCUGCACGAGUGGCUGGUCAAGUCGAAGGACAACCACGGCAUCUACAUUGGGGCACAUGCCGUGAAUCGACCCGAUCGCGAGGUUAAGCUGGACGACAUUGGGCUGAUCCAUCGCAAGGUGGACGACGAGUUCCAGCCCUUCAUGAUCGGCUUCUUUCGGGGACCGGAGCUGAUCAAGGCCACGGCCCACAGCAGUCACCACCGGAGCAAGCGCAGUGCCAGCCAUCCGCGCAAACGCAAGAAGUCGGUGUCUCCGAACAAUGUGCCGCUCCUGGAACCGUUGGAGAAUACACGCAGCUGCCAGAUGCAGACCCUGUACAUAGACUUCAAGGAUUUGGGCUGGCACGACUGGAUCAUCGCCCCCGAGGGCUAUGGCGCCUUCUAUUGCAGCGGCGAGUGCAAUUUCCCGCUCAACGCGCACAUGAACGCCACCAACCAUGCGAUCGUCCAGACUCUGGUCCACCUGCUGGAGCCCAAGAAGGUGCCCAAGCCCUGCUGUGCCCCCACCAGGCUGGGCGCCCUCCCCGUUCUGUACCACCUGAACGACGAGAAUGUCAACCUGAAAAAGUAUAGAAACAUGAUUGUGAAAUCCUGCGGGUGCCAUUGAAUUCAAUUUACCACUUAGGCUAAGCAAUAUAAAGCAUUUCUGUGUAGAUGUCCAUCUCUGUACUAAUCUCGAAUAUAUUUUAUAGAAAUAUACAGCGCUGUACCUAACUGAAA